UAGUACCCACAGAAUUCCCUCUUGAACAAGAGCGACAAGAACUAAGACAUACGAAAGAGUACAUCUCAAUUCCAGAACACAUUUUCACCCCCAUUUGCAGGAGAAAGAAUAGGCCUCUCCUAAACGCCAACAAGGAAGGCGCUAUUCAUGUUUUGUGUUUGUGCUUUUGAAAAAGUGAAUGAACAAGAGAGGGGAAGUGCUUGUUAAAUGGCUUGGAACAUUUCACACAUUCAUCUCAAUGGGCACGAACGAUUUCAAUUGCCAAUUUGAGCUCUGCACAAAGUCAGAACUGCCCGAAUGUGAUGGACUACCAGAAAAACGAGGAAUCACUCCCGAGGAAAAGGAAUUGGUUUUGAGGACUCAUAAUCAAUACCGUGAAGAUGUGCGUGAAGGAAGGGUUCCAGGGUUGCCAAGAGCCGAAACAAUGCCAAUGUUGUCGUGGGAUGAGAAAUUAGCAAAAGAAGCUCAAAGAUGGGCGGAUCAUUGUCCAAAAAUUGCCGAUGGGCAUCCUCCCGAAUCUUGGAAGACUUUCCAAUAUGGUCAAAAUAUUGCUUGGGGUCAAAAAAACUAUGCAGAUGCCAUGAAGAUGUGGUUUGAUGAAUAUAAAGAAUACGUUGAAAAUGGAAUCGAUCCCCUCAUUUUCCGAGGCGAGAGCGAUCAAGCGCGAAAUCGUCUCCAAUUGGGUCAAAACGGGCAUUUUGCUCAAAUGGUUACAGCUCUCACAACUAAGAUUGGGUGUGGUAAGGUGGAAGGACCCAACUUGGAGAGCUUAAGGAUUUACAUUUGCAAUUAUCAUCCGAGAGGAAAUUGGAUGAUCCAAAUGGGAAGCCAAACUCAGGCUAUCCCAGCCUACAAAGCAUUGGAAGUGGCCCCCUUCACAAAAACGAAUGAGUCACCUCGAUUUCGAACCAUGUCCGGAUCUCCAAUACGAGCCAAACAUGUGAUCGAACCACAGGUUCUCCCACCGUUCAUCUUCGAUGGUAAUGAUAAUGAUGAUGAUGCCAGUGAGCACGAGAACGGCAAUGAAGAUCAGAACGCCAACGUAGAGUCAGUGGAUUGGCUCUUUUCCUUUGAAAGCUUGGAAGACCAAGAUCCGCGAGAAAGGCUGACCAACCCCUUCGGAGAUUCUUUUAAUUUGAAUCUGGUGAUGCCGAAUAGUUUUGGACUCGAGUCCCAUUUUCACCCAGUAAAUGAUCCACAGAGUCCUGAAAGUAUCACGGAGUCCAGUUUCAAUCCAGUGAACGAGUUCGCCGAGCCUGUGGGCAAAUCCUUCUUUCAGAGUCUCACCAACGAGCUCAGACAAUACCAACAGAUGAUUUUACAGAAACUCAAGAUCCACUUGAAUGCCCAGGAACGCUCGAAAAGCCCAAGAUUACGGAUUAAGAUCCUGAGGCUUAGGCAAAAACUUCACGGGCUUAGACGCCUGCUUCGAAAAACUGUCCAACUCGCAACGAAUCGACCAAACGAGGAAGAAGAGCCCCAAAGAACGAGAAGAAGAAGUCAGGGUCUGGACGAAACUUGGGGUUUGGGCGGGCCGGGUGAUUCGGAUUUGAAGGGGAGAUCAAUGAAAGCACCACCCAACAUUGACGAACGAGUGCCCAAGGCAGCCACUCCACAAUCCGUUAACGAAGGACCCCGUUUUCGUUCAGCUACUUCGAAGCGUGUUAAAACGAGAUACAACGAGGAUCUCCAACCUUUCAGAAAGAGCAUCACUUUGUACGACUGAAAUGCAACAAGAGAGACGCUAAUGGCAGGCUUCUUGAACAAGAUAACUUGAUCUUCAAUUCGUUGAACUUUCUGAACCUCUCGUGACUCGUGAUCCCGAUUUAGACCACCCUCGUUGACAUUUCAGUUGGCCCCCGAGGACUCGCAUGAUUCGAAUCCAUCAACGUUUGGACUCAAAAAAACGCAAUGCUUGAAAUUCGGAUUGGUUUGACCCAAAGUAUUGACCUGCGACCUUGUUCAUUUGUCAAAUUCUGAAAAGAGUAAUAAAGACUUCUAAAGGUUUUUAUUCUA